AUGAGUGAGGAUAUGUUUUCUCAAGUGAAAUCUAGCACAAACAUUCAAAUCAACAAACAACGAUUGUUAUACGUUCAAGACAUCACGACGUUAUUGUUUGGAUUGGGAUCCGGUAUAUUACAAUUAGAAUCGCUUCAAGGGUUUGCAAUGUUUUUCAUUGGGUUCUGUUUUAUCAAUUUAUUGUAUAUUGGGAUAUUAUGUAAAUUCCAACCUGUUAAAUAUUACGUGAACCCGUUACAGGAGAUUUUCAUGGAUAAUUUUGUUCGUGAACUAACAGGGUAUGUGAUGUCGUGGACAUUUAGUUAUGCCAUUGUUGGAUGA